GCAGGUCUCAUUUUACAAAUUCACUCUUUUGAUCAACCUACUUAAUCAACCCACCUUUGAAAAUUUUCCACUAUCCCUAAUUACUCCGAUCAUUUGUUCUUCAAACGGUUCAGUUUCAUUCUCUUCCUAAACGAACCUCCCUCAAACUCCAUGGACCAAUUGCAGAUCGACCAUCUUUCCCAUUCUUCUUCCGGUCGUUCUAGCGAUUUCUCUGUAUCCAUGGACUCGGAUGGCGAUGGCGACAGCGACGGCGAUCGGGUUGUCCCUUCUUCUGGAAAUACUGACAGGAAUUCAUCUGGAGAUAGUACUCAAGAUGGAUCAUCAGUAGGUAGGGAAUUAGUUUCUUGUUCAACUAAGCCUACCGAGUUGGGGAAGUCAAGACAGAGUCUUGCAUUGCAUCAUUUGCUGCCAAAUAUUUUUAAUGAAAAAGUUUCUUCAAGGAAGAAGCUCAGGUGGUUGAAAAGGGUUGCCACAGUCAAGGAUGAUGGAACUGUCCAAAUGGAAGUUCCAGAAGGGAUUCAACCAGAAAGUUUUCAUUUUGAAACCGGUGUUCUAGAUGAUGAAGCUGUAGAUGAUGAACCCCUAGACACAGCCAAUGUUUCAUUCAUCCCCCCAUUACAAAUUGUGAUGCUCAUAGUUGGCACAAGAGGAGACGUUCAACCUUUUGUUGCCAUUGGGAAGCGUUUACAGGAGCAUGGCCACAGAGUUAGAUUGGCCACUCAUGCAAAUUUUAAAGAUUUUGUACUCUCUACUGGACUGGAGUUCUUUCCUUUAGGAGGAGAUGCUAAAGUUCUUGCCGACUAUAUGGUCAAGAAUAAAGGAUUCCUUCCAUCAGGACCUUCAGAGAUACAUGCCCAACGAAAUCAUUUGAAGGAUAUUAUUUUCUCAUUACUUCCUGCAUGCCAGGAUGAUGAUCCAGAAUCAAAAAUUCCAUUUAAGGCAGAUGCGAUAAUUGCUAAUCCCCCUGCAUAUGGUCAUACUCAAGUUGCUGAGGCGUUGAAAUUACCCCUUCACGUGUUUUUUACAAUGCCAUGGACGCCCACGAGUGAUUUUCCUCAUCCUCUAGCCCAUGUCAAGCAUCAAAUUGGAUAUAGGUUAUCAUAUAACAUAGUCGAUACUUUAAUUUGGCUUGGAAUUCGUGACAUUAUAAAUAGCUUCAGGAAGAAGAAGCUGAAACUGAGACGAAUAUCAUAUCUCAGUGGACACUACAACAGUCUUUCGGAGGUGCCUUAUGGGUAUAUAUGGAGUCCUCACCUUAUUCCGAAGCCAAAAGAUUGGGGAUCUAAAAUUGAUGUGGUUGGAUUUUGUUUCCUUGACCUUGCUUCAAACUAUCAACCCCCAAGUUCUCUUGUUGAAUGGAUAGAAGCUGGCGAAAGGCCAAUUUACAUUGGAUUUGGCAGCCUUCCUGUUGAACAACCAGAAGAAAUGACGCAGAUUAUAGUUGAAGCUCUGGAAAUUACAGGAAGGAGAGGAAUAAUAAGUAAAGGCUGGGGUGGUCUUGGAAGCUUGGCAGAGCCAAAAGACUUUGUGUACGUGCUGGAUAAUUGUCCCCAUGAUUGGCUAUUUCCGAGAUGCAUGGCUGUGGUACACCACGGGGGCGCUGGAACAACUGCAGCUGGACUCAAAGCAGCUUGUCCAACAACAAUUGUGCCAAUCUUCGGUGAUCAGCAAUUUUGGGGCGAGCGUGUGCAUGGACGGGGACUUGGUCCCCCGCCUAUCCCAAUUGCUGAAUUUUCACUUGAAAAGUUGAUUGAUGCAAUAAACUUUAUGCUUGAUCCCAAGGUAAAAGAGAGGGCUUUGGAUGUGUCAAAGGCCAUAGAAACUGAGGAUGGAGCAGUUGGUGCAGUGAAUGCUUUCCACAAGCAUUUCCAUCGAAAUAGAACUCUGACUAAACCUGAGACUCUUAAACAUGGCUUUUCAGUUAGACGGCUUCUCCAUAUAUCUUAAUGUUUUUAUUCUUUUAGAUACAUACAGUAUCGACAGAAAACUACCUCUCUUACCAAAAGCCAUUAUUGUUGUAUCUUUCGAGUAACCUAUCAAUUCUUGCAAUGUGAAAGAGUCUACCUUUCAUUUUAAGUGUAUUGUUAAACCAGGCAUGUGAGCAAUAUAUCCAACUCUUCACCAAUCUCAUACUCAAACACAGAUGAUAUCAAAGGAAAGAGGAAUGAUUAAUGAUGAGUUCAGUCCUAUAUAUUUUUUUUA